AUGAAACUCACAAAGCCAGCUGCUGCUAUUAUUUUAACUUACGUCGCUUUAACUUCAGCUGCACCUGCUACCGUCGGCACAAGCAAUCAGUCUCAGCCAAUCGCUCCAAAGGAGACAGUUGCAAUACACUCUUUAGUAUCCAGCUUGAAUCAAUAUAAUGCAGCACAUAAAGUUCCAGGCUACACCAAACGUGAUGAAGUAUUAGUCCGGGAAGCACAUGAGCUUAUUGCGAGAUCCAAGCUUCCCAUUUUAGAUAAAAUCUUAAUGGCCCUAAAGGAUUCGGGACUUGCAAAUGCAGUUAUUGACUUUGUCUUACUUAGUCCUGAAUUAUUAGACCUUACUGCCGAUGCUACCAUUUUCAUUCUAAAAUCAGGUCUUAUCAAUUUGGCAGAUUUAUUAAUUGCCUUGCAAAAGUCGGGUUUAGUCAACCAAAUCUUACUUUUGGCCUUAGAUGAUCCUGAAAUUUUGCCUGGCUUGUUGAGAAUUGGUAAGGAACUCUUGAAACAGAAUGGUAUCGAUAUUUUUAGCAAGCGUUCGGUCAAUGAAUCCGCACUCGAAACAGCAGAGGUUUUCGAAGAAACAGCUCUCGAUAAGAGAGAAAGUCAGUUAUUGAACGAAUUGUUUGCUUCGUUGAAGGACUCUGGGUUAGGUGUGUCUAUUGUCCAAAACUUGUUGACUAAUCCAGAUUUGAGUGCUCCUGCCGCAACAUUUUUAACCAAAAUCUUAAAAUCUCACGCGGUUACUCUUAAAGAACUUCUCGAUGCUUUGAAAGAGUCUCACUUUAUUUUUAACGUCUUGAAAGAUAUUCUUCAUGAUAAGGCUUUGUUAGAGAAGUUUGGUGAAGUUAUUUUUGAAAGAAUUUCGAAGGGUUUGAUUUCAAGGUCUAUGUACGAUAAGGCCUAA